UAGAAGGAGUACAAAGAGUGUUGGAACUCCCUGAAGAGUUUUCAUCACAUGACUCCAGAGUGGAUUGGCCGAGGAGGCUUUGACGGGCGAUCACGUGUCCAUGGCGCAAUGGUGGUUGACGUACGGGAAAAGGCACCCAACCCUGACGAAGAUCGUCGUCAAAGUGUUGAGCAUGUGGACCACUGCCUCUCCAUGUGAGAGGAAUUGUUCCACGUUCGAUCUCGUCCACACCAAGAGGAGGAAUCUCUUGAGCCCGGAGAACUUGGAGAUGCUCGUCUUCAUCCACUGGAACAGGAAGUUAUUGCGCAUGUCGAGGGCGAAGAUGGGAUUCGUGAACACCGAGCGACUGGAGUGGGAGACACCCGAGGACGAGGCACCAUUCGAUGGCUUCAUGCGAGAAGGGGAGUAUGACCCCGCGGAGGAGGAGAGGGAGGACGACGGGGCAUGGCUACUUCAUGUUUCGUACCGCCCUCGUAGAGUCGCGGACGAUGACCGUGGGAAGACUGUCGUCGCUGAUUACGACGAGGAGGACGAAGGCGACGACAACGACGGUGACGCGGAGUUGCUCAACGUGCCUCUAACGGACAAGCGAUUCACUCUGCGGUCGGGCGGUGGGUCAUCCUCCGCGACGGAUGUCGCCAUCACACCACAGGUUCGCCCUGCGUCCGGUGGGGCUUCAGGGUCAUCUUCUAUGUCAUUGGCCGACGACACUGGUCGCCUUGCACGGCCACGCACCUCCGUGUUCGGUGCUGUAUCUUCGGUUCAGGUCACCAGCACACCCUCCGACGCGCAGCACACCCCUCUUCCACGAGCCGAGGUGGAGGAGACGGCCGCAUGCCGGGGGAUGACAGGCAGGGGAUCGAGGAAUGCUGACGUUGGCAGUGCAGCGGUGAGGGCCGUUGAAGACUUUGGUGUGUCUGUGGACGCUCCCGUUCCCGGUCAUGCGGAACACGAGGACGGGCACAUCGAUGCGGGCAAGGAUGACGAGCUUCAUGACGCAGCGGGGGUAAAAUGCAUUCUCCACUGUGGACCCUGGGUUGCCGCUGGGGGAGGGAUUCACCUCCCUGUUGCACCACGUCGCACCAAUUGCUGCAAGAGGCUCGAAGACAGACUUCGAGAAACACCUGGCUGCUAUGUCCCCCAUGAGGAGCGAUUCUGGGGGGCAGACUCCUGAUUGGGCCAGAUUGACGACCGAAGUGGACAGGAGGACGGCCGAAGUGGACGAGGAUGGAGGACUCGACCGCCCGCAAGCUGCAGCCACAAAACGUG